UUUCAAAAGCAAUUUACUGUGUUACGAUCGAAAUGGGCGAAGUUACCAUUCUUUAAUGGGUUUUCUUUGAUUGUUUAGUUACGCUUGGAAUUACCGUUCUUUGUAUUCUUUGAUGCAAUGCAUUGAAACGCACGUGCGCGUUUAGUUAUAUAUUUUAAAUUGUAGGAAUCUUAAAAACAUCUAAUGUAUCUUUCAGCGAAUAAAAGGGUUUUAAAGCGCCAGAAUCCUGCUGGUGGAAAAAAGACUGUCAAGAAGAGAAAGCUUGCAAACAGUGAACCUGAAUAUAACAAUCACCAUUUCGCACCAUCAUUAAAACUAUCAAUUGACACGCGUAUAUUUCUAUAUUUCAAUGAAUUAGUUAAUGAAGAUUCUAAUAUACGUGUUAAUGCUGCUUUAUCCUUAAUGCAGCAUUUGAGUAAAAAAACUGAAGUUGAAAAGCGUCAGAAGGAAUUAUAUUAUACAUUAAAGCGUCUUGUUCGAGGAUGUGGAGCAUCUACAAAUAUUUCUCGAGCAGGGUUUUUUACUGCUUUAGUGUUGUUUUUAAAAAAAUUUUUAACAGAAAUUUCGAAUAAAGAAGUUUUUGAUGCAUUGCAAAAUGAGUUAAGAACUGGGACAACUAUAGUAAAAAAGAAUGAUUCAGAUGCAGUUGUAGGUAAAAUACUGGUGUGUGUAGCUAUUAUGCAUUCAGGUCGAGUUUUUGUUAGUAGUGAGGACGAUUUGCAAAAAUUAACGCUGUUUCUGCUAAGAGCUACAAAGCAUCGAACCUAUCACUCUUCGUUGGGAUAUGGUUUUUUAAUAGAAUUUUUAAAUAUGAUAAGCGAAGAACAAUUUGAAGUCACAAUUUGGCCUUAUCUUACCAAAGACAUUAUAAAACCGUGGACAAAACAAACAAUGCAAACUAUACAUUGUCUUAUUUGUGUUCAUAAAAUUUUUCCAGAAGUAGUAAAUGAAAAAAUUCUAGAAUCAAAUUUUGGUGGAAGUGAACUUUUAAAUACAGAGAGUUUUCAAUAUAUUUAUAAAAUAUUUUGGGAAAACUGUAAUACAAACAAUUUAACUGAUCCAGUUUAUGAUGAUUUUGGAUCCUACAUUGCUACACAAUCAAAGUUAAAUGAGUUUUGGACAGAAUAUGUAGAUAAAGGACUAAAUCGUACAACAAAAUUUAAAGAAAUAGUUACUUUGCGGAUAGUUACAGCUAUCUUAAAAUCGUUAGAUAUUACUAAGACGAAAAUUGAGGAUUUGAUGAGUGAGAAUUUUAUGAUUUUGUUGAUUAAAGGAUUAAAAGAUGCAAAAUAUAAAAAGGAUGAAACACUUCUAGCAUUUUACAAAGAUUAUUUUGAGGCUUUACUCAUUGGUUGUGAGAAAGUGAGCGACAAGCAGAAAGUAGCUGUUAUAAAACGUCUAAUUGAACCACCAGGAACAUUUAAUAUUGAGAAAUUUACACAUACUCGUAUUAUAAAUCAACUUGUGAACUCUCUUGGGGAAGCUGGCGUGAAAGAAAUCUUUGAAAUAUUUAAACGAAUAUUUUUAGGAUUGUUUUUUAAAAGCGGUAAAAGUUCCUAUGAAGAAUUGUUUCAUUUUGAACGAUCUAUUGCCGGUUAUAUGUUGCAACAUUUACUAUCACACAUUUCUGUUCGUUCAUCAUUCAAAUGGCGGGAGGAGCAAUUGCGAUUUCUGCUUACUGGAGGCAUAUUUCAUGUAACAAAUGAAAUGGAAAUUUGUAAAAUUGAAGAUUCUGGGUCGUUUAGUAAGAAUUUUGGAUAUCAGUGUCUAAAAAUGUUUUAUUCAAGCUUGAACUAUAAGUCUAAUGUUAUGAAAAAAGAAAAAAAACUUCUGCUAAAUCUUGUGAAUUAUUGCAAUGAGGUCAUACAAAGAAAAAAUUCGGAUAAUUACUUGCGAAUCAAAAAUAUUGAUCAAUGUUUACAAAAAAGCUGGAGUUACUUGUAUAAUGCAGUAUUAACUGAAACAAAUAAAUGCAAACCAUCCGAGGCGAAUAAUAGAACGGAGUUGCAAAUGAUAUUUCAUAUAUUGCUACUAAAUAUGGGACUACAGUAUUUCAAAGAACCGGAAAUGGCGCGCCUAGCUAUAGAAGACAUAAUUGUAUGCAUGCACCGUCUUCAGGGUCAACAAAAAUUUAGGAUUGUUACAAAAAGUAACAAGGAAAAUGAACCAAAUUGGAUAGAAGUAGUAAUAGAUUUAUUUUUACACUUACUUUCACAAAACACGAGUGCGUUGAGAAAUAUUGUUAAUCAGUUGUUUCCAUUUUUCUGCGAUAAGUUAACUUUAAACGCAAUUCAUCAAAUUUUGUCCAUGCUAGAUAUGAAAGAUGGCCAAAAUCCACUAAGUUUAAAAGAUGAAGAUAUUGAAGAUGUAGAAGAAGAGGAUAGUGAUAGAACAAAAUCUGAUAAUGAAUUGGAUUCCAAUAAUGAUGAUACGGCUUCUGAAAGUUAUGGACAAAGCGAAAUUGAUGAAAGCGAAGAUAUGGGCACUGGAGUAGAUAAAUUGAGAAACGCAAUAUCUAUGGCACUUAUUGAAACUGAAGCUGGUGGUGUUGACGAUGAUAUGGAAUCAGUUGAUCUUAAUGAACUAUCAGAAGAGCAAGGAAGAAAGUUAGACGAAGCGUUAGCAAAUGCAUUUAAAAUAAAGAAAAGCACAAGUAAAACACCAUCUAAAAAGUCGAAAAGUUAUCAGGUCAGGAACAUCACUGUAAUGCACUUCCGUAUAAGAGUUCUUGAUCUAAUCGAGAUAUAUAUACAACAAAAGCCUUUAUUAUGUGUUUCUAUUGAAAUAAUGCUUGCGUUAUUUAAUAUGAUGGAAUAUUGUAUUGCUGAGGAGUUGAAACCUUUGCGAACAAAAGUUGAGAAAGUUUUAAACAAGCUGACUUCACUUAAAAGCUUCGCUAUAGAAUUGGAAUUAAACCAGCACAAUAUAGUAGAUUUUAUUCGUCUUAUUAUAGAAAGAAGAACGCAAACAUCAGCAUUUGAUAUAAUAAGUAAAAUACGAAAUAAAUGUGUUAUAUUUCUUAUAAACAACGCUUGUAAAGUAAUGGAUAAUAAUUCAUUAGCUUUACUAAACUUAUGUAAUUCAUACAUUGAAGAAUUCAUAAAAUCAAGAAAUGCCUAUAUUAAUGCAACAUUACUUUCAGAUAUUUUUAGGUUGCGCUUAAUAAUGGUUUGGGAAUUAGCUCAAACUUUGGCAGAGCUGGGUUUUUCACUAAAAACUCGCGUUUUUAGACGUAUUCAAACAUACGAAAUUCUUUCAGUACUGUACAAAAAUUGUAGCAUACAAAACUGUGACAUAGAAAGCGCUAAAAAUUAUUUUUGGCAAAUUGAUAAAUUGCUUAUUGAUCACAUAAAAACACUUGCUACUACUAAAAACAUGAAAUAUUCUCUAAACGAAUAUCAAAAACUUUUGGAAUUUUUAUUACUGGCUAAUAAAACUUAUACACGUUUGCAGUUGAAUAACACGUCAUUAGCUUCGUUUGAAACAAUCAAUUUUGUACAAGACAUAAGACGUCAGAUUUACUUGGUAUCGCUGCAUACUUAUCAGAGAUAUUGUACCACGCACAAAAUUAAGGUAAUACGAAAUAAUGAAUUAAAACAGUUAAUGUAACUAUGAAUCUUAACAAUAAAAAAUAUAAGUAAAAAAAUUACUUCGACAUCAAAAUAAAGAAUCUACUCUUUGUGGGUAUGCAUA